AUGACGAAAUCUUUUCUGAAGGAUAUCUUAGUAGAUGAAUUUCGAGCAUCAAAGAAGAAGAAGACUACAGUUGAUGUCCAAGGUCUGCUCCAUCUGGAAUAUGGUAUUGAUCUCACGUAUAGUCAGGCAUACCGUGGUUUAAAUUUCACUAAAGAGUUUCUUUGGGGUGAUGAAAUCAAGUCUUAUUCAGACCUUCUUUGGUAUAAAUAUUCAAUUGAACGUUAUAAUCCUGGUAGCGUCGUCAAGUUUGAGUAUGAUGGUGAAACGAAGCAGUCUCAGAGGUUUUUUGUUGAUUUUGAAGCUUCUAUUACUGUUUUCAAUAAGUACUGUCGUCCGUUGUUGUUUAUUGAUUGUACUUUCCUCACUGGGAAGUUUAAGGGAGGUCUUAUGAUUGCUUGCAGAAAAACUGGUAACCAAGAGAUCUAUCCAGUUGCAUUUGGAAUAGUUCCCUGUAAAAAUUGUGCCAGUUGGGAAUGGUUCUUAACCAAUUUGAAGGGUAUUAUCAGUGAAGACCGCCCACUAACCAUCAUAUCAGACCGUGGAGCUGGCCUUUUGAAGCAUGUCCCUCUUGUCUUUCCAAAAGCUUUCCAUUCUUUCUGUUUGUACCACAUGAAAGGUAAUGUUCCUGUUCCAGAGGAAAAGAGUAGGAAAACUGCUGUGAAGCUUUUUGAAGAGUGCUACACUGCGUCAACAAAUGAGAAGUUUUAUGUUGCUGCCAAGACUAUGAGCAAUCUGAAGCUGGAUUCAGUUAUUGAUUGGAUGAUAAAAAUUUCAUUCCAGAACUGGGCUGCUCAUGCGUUUCUAGGAGAAAGGUUUGGUGAGAACACAUCAAACAUUGUUGAGAGUUUUAACAGUGUGAUUAAGCAUGAUAAGAGGCUUCUAGCACUUGAGCUUCUUGAUUCUAUUCGUGCAUAUGUAAUGGAGCAGAACUACAAGAGGAAGGUGGAGUCUGGUAAGUGGACUGGAAAGCUUACUUCCCGGAUGGAGGCUAAGCUCAACAAGAGGGUGACUGAUUGCCGUUUUUACAAGUUCUGGAGAUCAAGUGAUAAAGUUUUUGAGAUUGGGCCAGAUGAACCUUACAAGUACAUCAUACCAUAUUAUACCACCGAGUACUAUAGAGGUCUGUAUACUCGUCCUAUCUAUCCUAUUCCCGACAGUGAGAGGCCGCCUAAAAUCAAUGAGGAAGGUUAUGUUUUGCCUUCCAAUGGCGAUCGUGAGUCAGCUGGAAGGCCAACUACUUCAAGGUAUAGGGGAUGUCGAGAGAAAGUUCGCAAGAAUAGGAAGUAUGGUCAGUGUGGAAGACUUGCCUUCCACAACCGUCGUAGAUGUCGCAGAGCUCCUUUGGCUCCUCGUGCACCAGUUUUCCGCAAGGAGUCUAACUCCAGAAUGAUCAACUUCUUGAGGAGGAUAUUGUUCUGA